CAUAUGGAAACCAUCUGCAGGCAGCGCCGGUCGGUGUGUGACAGCCAGAACGAACGCCAUCCUGAUUGACACGUACGCUUAAGGAUUAUGAAAUGAUGAACAGCACCGAACCUGAUUCUGCUACCACUGAAUUUGAUUACAGUGACAUAGAGUCAUACGUCCCAUGCAAUAACUCAGAUGUCAAGUCUUUCUCUGCCUGGUUCCUCCCCGUGCUGUACAGUUUGGUGUUCCUGGUGGGUCUCCUCGGCAAUGGCCUAGUGGUCUGCGUCUUGCUGCUGCACAAAAAGCUGCGCUCAAUGACUGAUGUGUAUCUGCUGAACCUUGCCAUUUCUGACUUGCUCUUUGUCACUUCACUUCCCUUUUGGUCACACUAUGCCGCUCAUGACAGUUGGAUCUUUGGAGGCUUUCUAUGCAAAGUUGUCACCGGUGUUUAUCUAACCGGCUUCUACGCGAGCAUCUUUUUCAUCACCAUCAUGAGCAUCGACAGGUUUAUGGCAAUAGUGUUUGCUGUGAACGCCAUAAAGUUGAGAUCCAAAUCCCACAGCGUGGGCAUCAGCAUCUUCUUGUGGGUACUGAGCCUCUGCGCCUCAACUCCUUCAAUGGUGUUCCGUAAUUUAAAAUAUCAAUCACCUCAGGCAAAGUGCGAAGAUGAAUUUCUUGAGCAUCAGAAUGUCUGGAACCUUCUGAUUAGCUUCCAGUUCAAUAUCUUGGGCCUGCUCAUUCCACUGACCAUCAUGGGUUACUGUUAUACCAGAAUCCUUCUGACUUUAAUGAAAUGCAGAAAUUACAAAAAGGUGAAAGCAGUCAAACUCAUUUUCGUUGUUGUCCUUGUUUUUUUCGUCUUCUGGACUCCAUACAAUAUUGUCAUUUUUCUGCGUUCAUUAACAAAGUUUGGCUUCUUCCUGGACUGCACAUGGAGCAAAAACCUCAACUAUGCCAUGCAGUGGUUGGAGACCUUGGGUUUCACCCACUGCUGCCUCAACCCGCUCAUCUACGCCUUAGCUGGGCAGGAGUUCAAGAAGUCGGUCUUCAGGAUGCUGAACAGAUGCUUGACCCAAUGCAACUGGUGCAACAAUUGCAAAGUCCUGACAUUCGAAGUAUCCGAAAGUGGAAGUUCCACCUAUUCUAAGUCAAGUGGAGAGAUGAACGUCACUCGAUUGUUAUAAGGAGCCAUGUCACCCGCAAGUGGUUGAACUCUCUGUUUUACUUUUAAGUCCUAUAAAAGGAAGGAUUCAGUAAAUGCAACUUCAUAAAUAUAAUUACAACUUGCUCCUGGAUGACUGGUUCUGAUUUGUUGUUCCCACACAACAGCCCUCAACUGGACUAAGCAGGAACAGUGAAGACGGAUUGCUAUGUCCACAAUGGGGUGUCACAUCCUCAUUUCCACUCCUUAGUCCAGAGUAUACAUUCAUGUUCUUCCUGUGUCCCUAUGAAUUUCAUCCAAGAUCUUCCGCGUACUUCCACUAUUCAGCUAUGCUAUUAUUUUGAAUGACUGGUCUCACUUGGCUUUACAUCCAGAGAUAGAUUUUGCCUUGUUGUCAGUCAAAAGGUUGAAUGUAAAAGCUAUACUAAAUGAGAAAACGGCUGGAUGGUGUAUUACAAUGUCAAAACCUGGACCCUUGAAAUCCAAACAAACUAUGAAACAAUGGGAUAUUUUACAUUUCUUCUUAAGAAGGAGGAGAAUUGCAGAAUUUGAUAUGAAUUCUUGGAAGCAUAUUGAUUUGAUGUUCAAGUUUUUAUUUCUACAGAACAAUCCUGUGGUGCCACCUAAUGGGCUGCUGGUCAUGAGGAUGAAAGUCUUUAGAAACAAAGAGUGAGGAGUUGAGGUAGCAAGUGGUUUAAUUUCAAAGGAAGGGGAACAACUUGAAAUCGCAUGUGAACCUUUCCUGAAGCGUAAUUUCAAAUCAAGUAUAAAUGUCAUUAUCACUUCAGAUGAAACAAAGAAAUGGUCAAUGCAGAUAAAAAACAUGAAGAUUCACAAAUGAUUACUUCAGCUGCGGUGGGUUGGCACCCUGCCCAGGACUGGUU